UGUGUGUGGGUGGUGCUCGAAGGUCGCGGCUAUGGCGAUUGGCCCACGGGCCCCCAUAAUCCACAUCGCUAUCUCGACGACGGCAACAAGAGUGCCGAUCCUCGCUUCGCCGUUCCCCGCAGCGCAUUCUAGCUCUCUUCUUCUUCUUCUUCUUCUUCCGCCUCUGCAUCCCGUCUCCAUACCGUUUCGAACUUGUUUGUGCGGCGGAAUCCAUCUCCAAUGGCAGCCAUGGCCACCACGAUGUCUGUCGCCACCGUGCGCCAGUUCGAAGGCCUCAAGGCCACCACCAGCAGCUUCAGCAAGCCCCUCCCAAGCUUGGCUUUGAGGAAGACCGCCGGAAAGGGUGCUUUGGGUGCCCGCUGUGACUACAUUGGAUCAUCCACGAACCUGAUCAUGGUUGCUUCGACCACUUUGAUGCUGUUCGCUGGAAGAUUUGGCCUUGCCCCUUCAGCCAACAGGAAAUCAACCGCUGGACUGAAGCUUGUCGACAGAGAUUCUGGCCUUCAAACUGGUGACCCCGCUGGAUUCACAGCAACCGACACCCUGGCCUGUGGCGCUUUGGGACACGUGAUCGGUGUAGGAAUUGUUCUAGGACUUAAGGCCACUGCUGGUCUGUAAAGUGUACUGUUCGCUGAUUUGUAAAGAAUUUAAGUUUGGAACACCCUCAAA